GGCUCCUUUCCUUCGCCUGUCAAACUAACGCAAACCCACUCGCUUCUCCGAAAACUCCAUUCCGACGCGAGAGCUCGAGCGAGCAAGAUGGCAAUGGCGUCGGCGCUCCGUAGACUCUCUUCCUCCUCCUCGAAAUCGCAGCCUUUCCUGUGGAACUCUCUGUAUUACAUGUCCUCCCUACCGAGCGAGGCCGUCUACGAGAAGGAGAAAUCUCGCGUCACGUGGCCGAAACAGCUGAACGCUCCGUUAGCGGUCGUCGAUCCGGAGAUUGCGGAUAUCAUCGAGCUCGAGAAGGCUCGACAAUGGAAGGGACUCGAGCUCAUUCCUUCGGAGAAUUUCACUUCGGUGUCGGUGAUGCAAGCAGUAGGGUCUAUCAUGACCAACAAAUACAGUGAAGGUUAUCCUGGUGCAAGAUACUAUGGUGGCAAUGAAUAUAUUGACAUGGCAGAAACAUUGUGUCAGAAACGUGCGCUAGAAGCAUUCCAUCUAGAUCCUGAAAAAUGGGGAGUGAAUGUGCAGUCUCUAUCAGGAUCACCUUCUAAUUUUCAAGUAUAUACGGCACUCUUAAAACCGCAUGAAAGAAUAAUGGCUCUUGAUCUGCCUCAUGGUGGACAUCUUUCUCAUGGCUACCAGACUGAUACCAAGAAGAUCUCUGCAGUGUCCAUAUUCUUUGAAACAAUGCCUUACAGGCUUGAUGAGAGUACUGGGUAUAUUGAUUACGAUCAGCUGGAGAAAAGUGCUACACUCUUCAGGCCAAAAUUAAUAGUGGCUGGUGCUAGUGCCUAUUCUCGCCUCUAUGACUAUGCUCGUAUUAGGAAGGUAUGUGACAAACACAAAGCUAUCCUUCUAGCAGAUAUGGCUCAUAUAAGUGGACUUGUUGCUGGUGGUGUCAUUCCAUCUCCAUUCGAGUAUGCAGAUAUCGUCACAACUACAACUCAUAAGUCACUCCGUGGACCACGAGGGGCCAUGAUAUUCUUCAGGAAAGGAGUGAAGGAGAUCAACAAACAAGGGAAAGAGGUUUUGUACGACUUUGAAGACAAGAUCAAUCAAGCAGUCUUCCCUGGACUCCAAGGUGGCCCACACAACCACACCAUUUCUGGUUUAGCUGUUGCUCUCAAACAGGCCACCACUCCUGAGUACAAAGCCUAUCAAGAGCAAGUACUCCGCAACUGUGCAAGAUUUGCUCAGACUUUGGUUGCAAAAGGCUAUGAGCUUGUUUCAGGUGGAACAGAGAACCAUUUAGUAUUGGUGAAUCUUAAGAACAAGGGAAUUGAUGGGUCUAGAGUUGAAAAGGUGCUUGAAUUAGUUCACAUUGCAGCUAACAAAAACACUGUACCUGGUGAUGUUUCUGCCAUGGUUCCUGGAGGCAUCAGGAUGGGAACCCCAGCCCUUACAUCGAGAGGAUUUGUUGAAGAAGACUUUGCUAAAGUUGCUGACUUCUUUGACACUGCUGUGAAUUUGUCAUUGAAGAUCAAGACUGAAACAAAAGCUGGAACAAAGCUGAAGGAUUUUCUAACCACCAUUCAGACAGAUGCUAAUAUUCAAUCUGAGAUCAAGAAGCUCCGCCAGGACGUGGAAGAAUAUGCAAAACAGUUCCCAACUAUUGGAUUUGAGAAGGAAACUAUGAAAUACAAAGUCUGAAGAGGAACAAGCUGUCGAAACAAGCAAAGAGGAAGGUGUAGCUCUGGGGAUGCCAAAGAAUUGUCAUCUAUGAAUGUCAUACUCGUUUCAUAUGUACGAGAAGAGCAAAUCACAUCUAAAUAAAAUAGCUUAUGCCUUGUAUUGACUCUUGAAGUUGAGAUGUACAGAUAAGCUAAUGCUUUAAUCUGAACAUUGCCUUUCAGCUUCUACUGAUUAACAUGAAAUCCAAUAGCCACCAUGUUUUCCA